CGAGAUACACCGACCAAGCCAGGGUUGAUCUUGCAAGAGGUUAGAAUUUACGACGCGAAAACCUCGCGAUUUGUUUCAGAUCAAGAUUAAUAUAUAGAUAAAGAGACGGCACACGUUACGUCACAGGGUGACGUUAAUCAGGUAGUUCGCAGUUAAUCUACCGUUCGUGAGUCAGGGAGUUCUACGGUUUCUUCGCACACCACGCAAUGUUUCUGCCAACCAGACUGAUCGUUAUCGCCAGACGCUGCCUCCCGCGUCUCGAUAGCAUUGGAGUCGCCAGACACGCGUCCACCUACAAGACCACCUACACCAAGAGAAAUGAAGGAGUGGAUUCGAUCAAGAAGUCGGUAUUCAUGUCGCAAUCCACGAACGUGUUCGUCAAUCUGGCGCUGGAGCAUUGGUUGUAUCGCAACUUUAACUUUUCCAAUCAUCACGUAUUGCUCUGCUAUAUAAACGAUCCUUGCGUGGUGUUCGGUCGUCAUCAGAAUCCCUGGCUCGAAUGCAACGUUCACGCGGCCGAGAAGGAAGGCAUAGCUCUGGUGCGACGAAAUAGCGGUGGUGGUACUGUUUACCACGACAAAGGCAAUCUCAAUUUGACCUUCUUCUCGCGAAGAGAUAGAUACAAUCGAAAUUAUAAUCUCAAAAUCAUCACAAACACUUUGCUUCGACAUUGGGACUUAAACAGCGAAAUCAACAAACGCGAUGAUAUUAUAGUCGACGGAGACUACAAGGUAUCUGGAUCAGCUGCCAAAUUAGGAAUGUCAAAUGCUUAUCAUCAUUGCACACUUUUAGUUAAAGUGAAUAAAGCCAAUUUGAACUCUAUUCUUGAAAAAAAAGAGAAUGGUAUCGUUACGAAUGCAACAACUUCUACACAUUCAGCAAUAAUGAAUUUGUCCGACAUAAAUCCAAAUAUCCACAUGAAAAAACUUAUAGCUUGUAUUGGCUGGGAAUAUAUGCGUACGAAGGCUCUUGUUUGUGAAGACGGAGAAUAUGAUUUCGUUCAACAACAAAAAGGCUUCCAGUAUAUCAAUCCAAACGAACAUUGGUUUCCUGGAAUCAAUCAGUUUAUCAACGACUUUGGUUCCUGGGAUUGGAAUUACGGCAAGACGCCGAAAUUCACAAUUACUCGUACGUUCGAUGUUUCCACUAAUGAUGAUAAAAUACAUCGCUUAAAUUUAAACUUGGAGAUAGAAAACGGUAUCGUGGAAGGAAUCAGAAUGAACUUACCCGCUGGAUUAGUAUCAACUAGUGAUCAAGAUGUGAGUGUGAUUAGCAAUCUUCGUGGGACAAGAUACAACCAUGAAGUGACAGAAAAAAUAAUCUCCGAGAUUGGUAAGAUCGUUACAUUAAACACGAUCCAAAGCAUAGAUGAAAACAAUGUAAGACGAUUUGAUGAGGCUACGCUACAAUGACCUAAUACUUCAGAUAGUCACACGUCUGUUUGAAGUUUAUGUUAAUAAAAAAAGGACAAUAUAUAUUAUAGAUAUAUAGAUAUAAUUAUUAAAAUUAUAUACUUUGUAUUAUGUUAUUGUACAUAUAAUGUAUAAUGUGUAUAUAGUAUUUUAUACACACAAAAAAAAGUUAAGAAAUUUUUUAUUUUGUAAUAUAUGUUAUUCAGUAAUAUAUGCUAUAUCAUAUCAA